AUGGGUGUCGCCGAUUUGAUCAAAAAGUUUGAAACUUUUGCUACCGACAAGCCUAGCUCAGCUAGAACUGCGACCGAAAAACACGUUGCAAGCCAACGUGAACAGAAUGAUUCUGGUGCCAAGAGCCAAGAAGUUACGGGCAAAACAGACGAUGUGACGCUGGAAGAAGAUUCGGAGGUUCCAGAGAAGGCAGCAGUCGACAAUUCUCAAGAUGAAGAUGUUACAAACGAAAUUCCCGUCAAAAAAGAGGUGAAGAUGGAAGAAGACGAAUUGGAAGCCACUUCAAGCGAGAAGGCUGUUGAAGAAAGUGCUGAGUCUAAUAUGAAAGACCAAUUAGAAGAAGAGGACAAGUCUAAUGAGAAGGUAGAAGCAGACAAACCAAAAACUCAAAAAGAAUUGGACACUCCAGAACAAUCUGAAGAUGAGAAAGGAAAUUCAAAGGAAGGUGAAGAGGAUUAUGUAGUUGAAGAAGAAGGAGAACAAUUUGAAUCUGUCACUGAAGAAAGCAAGGGCGAGAGUGCGGCCAGUAAGAAAAAUAAGAAAAAGAAGAACAAGAAAAAGAAGAAAGCCGCUACUGCUGCUGCCGCCGCCGCUGCCACUCCAAACGACACUGCUGCUGACGUAGCCACUAAGUCGGAAUCCACUGACACUGAGCUAGUCGCUCAGGUGGCCUCGGAUUCGCUUAGGCAUCCCUAAAUUCCCAAAUGAACAACAAAUCGAAAUUUUGAAAGCAGAAGUUCAAGAAGAAGCGAAACAAUUGGCAACACAUGAGAUUGAAGACUCAAAAGAAUGCACAUCAGAUACGCGUAUUGGACGUGACGAUCCCUUUCAAUUCGGACAACGGCAGCUCACAGAAGAGGCCGAUGUUUGGAACCACAACGCUUGGGACAACGUUGAAUGGGGCGAAGAGCAGAUCAUUCAAGCUGAGGAAAAAAUCUCCGAACAGCAUAAGAAUCCGGUCUCUGACUUUGAUAAAAACCUCUACAACUCUAAUCCUGCCAGGUACUGGGAUAUCUUCUAUAAAAACAACAAAGAGAACUUCUUCAAAGAUAGAAAAUGGUUGCAAAUUGAAUUUCCUUCCCUUUAUGAGGCCACCAAAGCAGAUGCAGGGCCCAAAACUAUUUUCGAAAUCGGAUGCGGUGCCGGCAAUACCAUGUUUCCUAUUCUUAGCGAAAACGAGAAUGAGCACUUAAGGAUUAUUGGUGCUGAUUUUGCCCCCAAAGCGGUGGAACUUGUAAAGACUAGCGAGCAUUUUGAUCCAAAGUACGCACACGCAGCUGUAUGGGAUCUGGCUAACCCGGAGAACAAGUUGCCAGAAGGUGUCGAGCCUCAUUCGGUCGACAUCGCAGUCAUGGUGUUCGUCUUCAGCGCGCUAGCUCCCACACAAUGGGCCGAUGCGAUGGAAAAUCUGAAUAAGCUUCUAAAACCUGGCGGUAAGAUCCUUUUCAGGGAUUAUGGAAGAUACGAUUUGGCUCAAGUCAGAUUCAAGAAAAACAGACUAUUGGACGAGAAUUUCUAUAUCAGAGGUGAUGGUACGCGUGUCUACUUCUUUACCGAGGAGGAACUUAGAGACAUCUUCACACAAAAAUAUUUCACAGAGAAGCAGAUCGGCACCGACCGCAGGUUGCUCGUGAAUAGGAAGAGACAAAUCAAAAUGUACCGUGUUUGGCUCCAAGCGAUCUUCGAAGUUCCAUCUUAA